UUUCCAUAGCAACCACAAUCUCUGGAGUAAGUGUCGUGAUAAAACUGCGGUUUAGAGGCUUUCUGGUAAUAAUGACGUCUAAACCUCAAGCUUCUGGGGUCACCUCCAACAUAAUGCCACUUGCCUUUCCCAGAGGAAAGGAAAAGUUUUGUGAACUCUGUAAAAGGGAAGCGUAUUUGCAGUGCACCCAGUGUCAGGUCACCUUCUAUUGUGAUGCCAAGCACCAGCAGGCUGACUGGGUGGGCAUCCAUGAAAGAAUUUGUCACCUGCUUGUUCCCAUACGUUCCCAGAUAGAUAUCCCCGAUCAAGCCGCCCGCAGGGAAAACCAGUUAAGAAAGACAAAGCUGAUCGAGAUUUGCAGGUUGGUGGCUCAAAGCAAGCUGUCAGAGGGUAAACAUGAAGAGGCCCUUCCUGCUGCUCACUGCUUGCUGUACACUUCCAUUGACGUACACGGUCCCAAUACCAUUCAGCUCAUUCCCGCCUAUUUACUGUUGGCCGAGGCCAACAUGGGCCUGGAUAAUUUAGCUGCUGUAGCAGAGCUCCUAUCCCAGGCUGAGUGGGCUGUGCUGAAGAGUCCAGAAUCGGGUCCUUUAAUCCAACAUCAGCUGCACAGGAGCCUGGGCCGAUUCCACACAUCAGCUGGAAACCUGGAAGACGCCCUGUAUCACUUCGCAAAUGAUAUAUACUUUGCCAGUGAGGAGUAUGGUUUAGACAGCAUUACCACCUCUAAGGGCUACUUUCUAAUGGCUGACAUUUUUGUCAGACAGGGGAAGGUGCUCAUUGGUCGCUCCUUGUACUCUAAGGUGGCACAAACUUGGCACAACCACCUCAGUGGCCUGCUGAAGACGCACGUGAAAAUCCCCCAGAACUGCGAUGUGUCAUCAGAUUCCUUUUAUGAAAUAUCCCAGCAAGUUGAAAUGGAUGAGAUGUUGAGAGCCAUGUUGGAGUUUGAACAAAAGCAGUUCAGAAGAGACGCAGCUCAGACUGCGCUUUUGGCCCACUGCCUGGCCAUGUUGUGGCUCCUCAGAGGAGAUUUCCAAAAGGUUCUGGGAUUUGGCAGCACAGCCCUGCAGGCCAGCCAGCAGAUACCAAAACAUGACCUGACAGAAUCCAUCCAGAGGCUGCUGCAGCAGGUGCAGAGUCUGCAGACUGAACCACAGCCUGGUUCUGGUUAGCCAACACCUCUCCUCUGCCUACUUUAUUCUCUGAGAUCUGCUCCAUUGAUGUGUUUAGCCUUACAAUUCAUCCACAUGUGAAUACAGAGAACAGCUAAUAAAUAAAACUUCAUGCAGUUAUUAUUGGUAAACUUGUGUGCUUGUGAUAUACAGUGUUGUGAAGAAAGAUGCCAUUUUUCCUGUUUUUACUUUUUGUCACACUUAAAUGUUUUAGAUCAUGAAACAUAUUUUAGACAAAAUCUCUUAUACAAAGACAUCCAGAGUAAAUACAAAAGUUAUCAAAUAAUGAUUACCUUUAUUAUUAGGGGAAAACAACCUGUCCAUAUGUGAAAAUAUAUUUGCCUUUUUGUUGAAUCAUGAAUUGACCAUUUUCUGGAUCAUUUUCACUUGCCUCACCCGGACCUAGCUACUGUCUGACACGUAACAGAGGCAGGUUCUAAUUAAGAGAACAGGUUCUCUUAAUUAGAACCUGCCUCUUAACAUAAACUGGGACACAAGAUCUCAAAGGAACACGUCAUGCUCCAAUCUGAAAAAAAUCAAGAAAGCUGAGAAACGGUCACUGAUAUCAAUCAAUCUGGAAAGACAUGCAGCAGUGGUGAACCUUCAACCAAAAAAUGGUAAAUGGCCUGCACUUGUAUCAAGUCUGAGGACCCCAAAGCGCUUUACACUACAAUCAGUCCACACACUGACAGUGGUGAGCUACAUUGUAGCCACAGCUGCCCUGGGGCACACUGACAGAAGUAAGUCUGCCAUACAAUUGGUGCCACCAAACCCUCUGACCACCAUCAGCAGGCCACAAGGACACAACAACUGAGAUGCACAAAGCGGGGGUUCGAACUGGCAACCCACCUGUUACAGGACAAACUCCUACCACUGUCGCCAGCACCCCCUCAAAAGAACGCAAAGUCCAAUCUCACAGCCAGAAAACAUCUUGACGAUUUUUGGGAAAAUGAUCUGUGGACAGACCAGACUAAAGUGGAAGUCUUUGGAAUCGGAAAAACAAGAUCAUAACAACAACCAAACAUGGUGGUAAUGUAAUAGUGUGAAUGCUUUACUGUUUCAGGACGCUGGACCACUUGCCAUAACUGAGGGGAACAUGAAUUCUGCUCUCUGCCAUUAAAUCCUGAAGGAAAAUCUCAGGCAAUCAGUUUGUGACUUUCAGCUCAAGCACACUUUGGUUCAUGCAGGAGGUCAAUACUGCACACUGAAUAACUCAAAAAAUGUUUUGGAGUCAAAGUCUGCACUUAAACCCAGCUGAGAUGCUGUGGGAUGACCUUAAACAUGUCACAGCAAGAGGAUUGGGCCAUAUUUCACCACAGUGAUGUAAAACAGUCAGUUCUUGCAAGCACUUGACGGCGGUUGUUGCCAAACUAGUAACCAAGGGCCAGUUAGAACGGGAAAAUGACCAGAAUGAGAAGUUUUUUUUCUUCUUAUAUAAAAACAUAAUAAAAUUAUUUUAAUUUUACUCAGGUGGUUAUAAUUGCCAGAUAAUUACAUUUUUCUGAUGAUCUGAAACAUCUUAAGUGUGACAAAACAGCAAAGCUAUAGCUAUUUCCUAAUCUAAAUAAAAUGACAAUCAUGCAACGCUUACAAAUGUCCAAUAAAGAGCAAAAGGGCACAUUUUCAUUGGUUUGAAUAAUGACGCUUUAUUUUAAUAAAAAAAAAAAAAAGAAAGAGAGAUGUAUAUUUACAUGAUUUUGGACAUUUGUGAACAACAACCUUCAGCCAGAAAUAAAACAAAGAGAAAGGUCAAUGACAUUUGCUGGGACCGUUUUUAUGCAACCACUUUCAUAUUUUCCGUCUUAGCAGACUUGAACUGCCUAGUAAACAGUUUAUGUCAUCAGCAGAGAGCUGCAGCGAGUCACGAAGUAAAUCAGAAGUUGCUUUCUUCUUGCAUAUGGGAAACCUUUUAGCAAACCACAGGCUUUAAAACAAAUAUUACUGGCAACUAAACCUUGCUUUAAGAUGUUUAGAUACAAUUCGUUGUCACAACAGGCGUUUUAAAAAUCAAUUAAUUGUCAGUGUUCAUUGUACCGACCUUCAAUAAAAAGGGUUUCUGUUGGUUCUAUUUCAGUUGUUCUUCUAAACAAGUAAAUAAUUGGAUCAACAUCAAUUCCCUUUUUAAUUCUAACAGUCGGCAUCCACAACUUCCCUCCCAGAUAAACAAGCUUGUUCCAGGCGGACCAAGGACCUUAUCCCGGAGAGUAAACUCAUUUUUCUUUUCAUUACCGUAUUUUUUCAGCAGCUAUCCACUUCAUUAUGGCAGCUGACCAAUAAAGACCAGGCAUAACUGAAAACAGAUUAUGAUUCAGCUUUUACCCUAAAAUCGGAUGUUCCCAAGUAAAUCUAGACAAUCUGAGUGCCCUAUCAGAGCUACGAGGGUAAUCCUGGCAAGAUGCGUUCUGUCAGUAUUUAUACAUAUAAUCACACAACAUGGUCUGUGUGAGAGGAAAGUGUGUUUCUUUCCUGUGAAUGGCUAUUUGUCUUGGGAAGAUAUGUGAUCUUUACUUAAGUACAAGAUGUACAGAUAUACAAGCUUUAAUGCAGACGGGAAAUAUUACUGCUCACUCAGCGAAGUGUUCAGGAUGUGACUUGUCGACAUGAUCGCUGUCCUUACGUGUCAGGAAUGUAGACAGUGACAGAUGUCACAGUUUUUGAGUUUUGAUAAUAUUGAUACCAAACACCAUGACAGUAGUGGUGAAAACGGUGAGGAGCAGAUUUAAAAUAAAAGCUGCCCUUUCUUUCCACUGCCAGACCCUCGAGCGGGACGCUGUUUGACCCCAGACGGUAAAACUUUGGCCCACAACAAAGGGAAAUGAAAAAUCAAGCUUCACAGAGGUUUCACUUUAUUGAGACAAUAUUAGUGCACACAAACCACUUUUUUUCUUCAAAAAUCCCAUAAAUUAGGAAGAAAACAUGGAACAUCAUGAAACAAGCAAGGAAAAAAGUACAUGUUAACCAUGGUAUACACCACAUGUCUUAUACUGUAGUUUACAACCUUUUUUCAUUGUUGUUUAUUUUUUUUGGUCUACGUGUAAGUACGUGUUAUGUUUCUGACAUGUUUCAAGCUUGGAUGGAUAUUCCAUGCCUUUGUGGAAGGGGUCAGGACUGAGAUCCAGGCUGCUUCCCUGAGUUGUGUCCAACAGAAAGGGUUUACAAGCCUAAAGACAACUAUGUGGACGAUUUAGAGUUUAUAUUUGUGCUUUUGAUCAAAGUUGGUCUCAAAGUAUUCGUAAGUAAUGGAUAUACCUUAUGCCUCUGUCUUUAAUGUCACAAGUUAUCCAGAAAGUAAAUUCAUAGGAACAAAAAACUGUAAACAAUAAAGUCUUGGCUGCUAAAAUCCCUGGAUUUUUUCUUUUUGUUUCUUUACUCUAUAAGGAAAAAAUAACAUCCUGUUAAAGGAAAUAUAUUUUCCAUUUUUGUUUCAAGGUAGGUUGAUUUUCUUCAACAACUAACAAAGGAUUUAUGAGAACAAUAAAAAAAAAAAAACACAAUUAACCUACAUUAACCCUGUGAACUAACCACAUCCACAACAGUUAGCACCAGCGUGAGCCUUUUAAAAAUCACAGUUUGGUCUGUACAAUCUAGCUUGUCCACAACUAAGAUGACCGUUUUUUCCCUCUCCAGCUGUUCCAGUUUCAUCAGCUGCAUACUAAUGUGUCAUGAAGCUAAUUCUGCUAUCUCUAUUAUUUAUAAAAAAAGAAAAAAAAAAGAAAAGAAUUUCAAAUGUAACAUAAACAUAAAAUACGAUAUUUUAGGUCCGAGACAUAAAGGGGAGGAACACCUGGUCUGGAAGGUGUUAGGAUCUAAGCUGAUAUGUUCUGUGUGUCUGUGACGUCCUAUGGCAGUGAGACAUCUCUGCUUUGAGGUAAAUUUUGCUUUCAGGUGAUGAAUACGGUUUCAUUUUUCCUAAAUAUGUCAUCUAGGAGAGAAAAAAGACAAAGCUGUUUUAAUAAAGUGCUAGGCAUAUAAUGGAU